CUGAAAGCCGGUCAUAGAAAAGACUGUGUACUGCAAGCUUUGCUAGAGCGGCCUAUAACGUGUGGGUGUACAUUAUUAUGUACUCGCUUGUAUAGGUAAUAGAAUUAAAGCAUAGCUAUAUGUUUUACUAUAAGCAAAGCAAUCUUAUACGUCGAUCUUUUGUUGUAUUUUAGGAUUGUUGUAUGUACGCCAUGGUGUAAUCGCCGUCUACUGAGCGUUCGUUCGUUACGAAUUCAUGUACUGUGCCCGCAGAAAUUGAGCGGCUAGUUGCUAGCGUACAAUGAACGAGAAUACAUCGCACACGGAGGAGCUAGCACAGACGAACCGUAUAACGAGCAGAAGCGAGUCAGAUGAACUCAGCGAUUGCAGCAGCGAACAAGACAGCAGGUUAUCCGGCACUGUUGAACAUAGUGGAGGCACCAACUCCGAGCAAAAUCUAGAAAACGACGCUAAUCGUCAAGUAACGGAGAAAAAAGGGGAUGGAGAAAGCGAAAAAAAGGUAGCGUGUAUAUUCUUCUUACAUAUCCACAUCAAUUUUAAAGACGACAUGAGUUUUCUUGUUAUGGAAAUUUGUAUGCUUGUGUUGUUUGAGCUUGAUAUUAACUUAGCAUAUCACAUUAAAGUUUGUUUGACGAGAGGUAGAUUCGCUGUGAAUAUUAGCCGCUCUUAGGGAAAAGUGCACUUUUCCGGCUGCUUGCACGCAGAAAAUCGCGUGAUGCCGUGAUAAUCAAGGCACACAACACUUUACAUUAUUUCAUUGCACUAUUUCUACAAUCAUGCGAUCGCUUACAUGCUAUAUAGAUAAUUAACGCCCGCUCUACGCUUGUUAUAACCCAGAUUUGAUCGCUUUCCCCGCUGUCUGUGUAACACCCACGUUGCAAGGGAAUGUUUAACGAAAGAUUUUAGCCACCGAACAUUUGUUUUGGUUCAGAUGCUUUCAAUAUCUCGAGGCAAGUGAUUGACUCUAUAGAUAUUGAAUAUUCAAUAAGGGUAAUGUAGGCUGGCUGUUGUACAGCGUCUAGCGUGUGGCGAGUUUGAUUUUUUCUAAGUUAUGAAUGUACUUUGCAUUGUCCGUCUUUACAACGGUUCGAGGUCAAUCCAGUGUUUUGAUAAUUUCCUACCGGAAGAAGACCUUCCUGCCGGUGAAAUAUUGCCCUUUGCUCUACAAGCAUCUCAGCUUUAUCGCCGUCGUUCAUUAAAUCAUUACCAUUCAAGAUUCUUUCUCGCCUCACAGUAUGGGCACGGAAUGAUAUGAAUUUUUAACAAGUUGUCGCAAUUUCGACUUCAAACGCUUUUAUUUUGACGACAUGCGAUCGCAUUCCAGAUAUCACAUUGUAUCUUUGUCUUUCAUCACCCUUUAGCAUGCAUACAUGAAAACCUCGUCUGCUUGUAUAGAUCAUAGUUAAUAUAAUGUAUAGAUUUAUGUCGUUAUAUUGACUAAUUUAAAGUAUACUAUAGCAUAAGCAAAUGUGCUUGCAUUGAAACACUAGGAUACGAGAGGCCUAAUAUUAUUAUAACUGCAUACGAAAGAAUUGGUGGUGUUUUCGUUGUCUUUUUAUUAAUUUUAAAGCAUUCUACUUUACCAGUGUGUAGAUUUUAUAAUGUGUAUCGUAAAUUGCUGGGUUUUCACUUGAAAUACAGUUGGAAUAUGUAUAAAAUUCACAUUUUGACCUCUUCGAAUAUUCGGCACUUUGCAUUGAAGUGGAUACACAGUCUGUACAGACUUCAAAGCCAGGGGCAGUCUGAGAACUUCUACUAAUAGUUGAACAGUUUAAGACAAAACAAAAGCUAGAAGCUAGCGUAAAUAAACAUCUUUAGAUUAAAAGCAAACCAUAGUGCCAUUAGUAAUUUAUAUAUAGCUAUAACAUAUACUGUUACAAGUCCAUAUAUACAUGUAUCAUUUAAUUUGCAGUAAGAUCAUUUUUACAAGUAAGUAUAUACCAACUGUAUAUAUACUGAUUAUUUCCCAAUGUAUGUUGUGUUUCCACAUAGGCAUAGAAUUAGGCGCGUAUAUAUUUAUUUCAAAAUACAGUGUGUGAUAGGACUUUAUGGUCUAUUUUAGCAAUGCAGUUGUUGGAGUAACAGUUCAACGUCAAAUUUGACAAAAGCGUCCAAAUAUAUAUUCUGUCAUAGUUUGGUCCAUUAUAUAAUUAUUUUGUCAUACAGUAUAAAAACCCGCAUAAAAGAACCAACAGGUAUAUUAUAGUAUAAAUCAGGCGGUGGGAUCGGUCAUAUAGUAGUUACCAGUUCAGUAUUUGAAAUUGAUUUUUUUAUGAAUAUAUACCAGCAUUUACAUUGCCUCUGCCUCUGAAUGUGAUAAAAUAGUCAGAUUGUAAUCCGAAAAGAAUUGGGACGUUAAUUUAUACUGCCGGUGGUUAGAAAACCCACUGUAUCUGGGGAUACUAUACUGAAACGACUUGUAUAAACAAUAGUUGGAAGAAGAUACCAUUGUGUUGACAAAAGAUCUAAACCUCAUCUAAAAAUUUCAGCAAAACAAAAUGUUUUUGGAUAUGCACUUGUAUUAAAUUGGCACGUAGCAGCUUGUAACUGCGCUUAGAACUUUCUUUCUACUUGAGCUAAAGUAUCUGAAGUGGUUCUUGUAUUCGCUAACAGUCACAGAUCUUCGAUAUAAUUUCGACUAGUGAAGUUGUCCUUGAGACCUUGACCUUUCUUUUGUUGAUCACACUAUUUAAAAUGGUCCAUGAAAGUCAAAUACCUUGAGAUUCUUUACAUACUAUAAUAUUGAAUACCGCCAUCAUACUUCUAAAGGCUUGUUGGAUCCGACACAGAAUAUUGAUUUUAAAGCAAUUUUCCGCUCUACAAUACUCGUUGCAUGGGUACAGUAAAGCGUUACGAACACAGAUGGUGGUCAUCUUCCGAACCGUUAAAAGUUAUAAGCGAGAAUAUUAAACUAAAUCUCUCGAUGUUGAUUAUUUUGCUACCAAAUGCAUGACUACUACAUGAUGUAUAAUGAAAAGAAGUUACAUAAUUUUCAAAAUAUAUAAAGACUGCAUGACGUUUGGCCACCAACAGUUGCACGAUAAUAUGUGACUGUAUGCUUAGUAACACCCACCUAUAUAGAACAAGUUCUAUAUCUAAAAUUAUGUAAUUUGAACUAUUAGUAUACAUUCCAAGUUUGCCACUAUAAAAACGUACUCAACACUAUAAACAGGAGUUUAUCAAUUCUGGAAUCUAUUAACAAGUCAAAAUUGCUUCGUAUAUAUAACGAAAUCAUCACCAUCACAAUCUUGUAAACUUGGGAGUAUAAUUUCACCAAUAUUUUCCACGCAGUAAUCAACUCAGUGACUGUGUAAUGGUAAACUGUUUUCCUUAAGAGCAUGCACCAAUGGCAUUUCUCCAUUUUUUCGGGAUUUUGAGAUGUCAUUAUCAUGGAGUUUUGCAUAGAUAAAGACAAAACGCAUGAGAAGUAACAAUGAGGUUUAUUCGUGUCAUCAUUCAUCAAUUAUUAGGUCUUAUUAGUGAUCUAUGAAUGAUAUAAAACGACUCCACACACAUGGAGUUGAUUCUGUAGCAAAAUGUGGUAGGGGGUGGGUGGCAAAGUAGUGCAUGUCCAUUUCAUCUCGCGAGCGGGGUUACAUACCCACAAUAUGCAGUUUCUGAUUAUAUUUUUGUCUCGGUCGCUUGCGAGACUCUUGCUAGCUAGCCCUUGUUGGACCUUUAGAAGAAUAUUUUAGAACUGAUCUAAUAAAGUGACUAUUAUGAAAAGGUGUGGACAAUAAUUUUUGUUCCAUACUGGCAUAUCAUACUGCAUGAGAGGCGUGCCUCAUCAUGAUUCACGGUCAUCUCAAUUACAACGAAUAUUACUUCAAAAUCGAAGUACUUGCCCCUGGUCUGCUGUAAAUGCGUGUAAUGACCACGCACCUGACACUCUCGUGUGUAAAUGCCGCUGACUCUUCCACAUUCCCUCAAAUUUGCUUCGGAAAAGCAGGCGCUUGCGGGUUGGAACAGUAGGACGCAAUGACCCAUGGGAAUAAUCUAUUCCCAUCAUUCAACAAGGGAUUAACGACUGCGGUUUGAAAAGCACCAUGUGUAUAAUAACAUAGUGUUAAUUCGUAGAGGUAUAUGCACUCCAAAACCCCAAUGUACUCCCACAACCACAUGCUCAGUUUACACAACGGUUGUUAAAAAAUAAUAUUUUCACAUACCAACGUGGCAAAACUAAAAUAUUUACAAACUUUCAGGGACUUGGAAUUUCCAAUGGUAUUACCAUUGCUGAUGAAUUGCAACCUCUGUUAUACACCGCUGCCUAAACUUUGUUUGAUCCUCUGUUUGUGCUUUAAAAAGGAAAAUGUGGUGCAAAGAGCACAACUAAUUGUGACACGUUCUCUGGUCAUAAAUUUAUUUACAACCGUCCCGACGCUAAAACUUGGACUUUUGGCAUUUUGGACAUGAUUUGCAAGAAAUUUAAUUAUGUAUUUGGUGAGCGGGAACUGGGAAGGACUUUGCAUAAGAUAGUUUCGUUCAUAAAGCACAUUUUGAACUUGCCCCCUAUUAAUUCAAAUCGCGUAAUCCAGGCCCCAGUUACGCGAUACUGGAUUCGUAUGCACUAUGCACUUUUCAUAUAUUUGAAAUUUUUGUUUAAUUAUGUUAUAUUAUCAAAAUUUUAAGUACCAAAUUCACCUCGAAGCAGUAAAAAUUGACGUCGCUCCGAUGCGAAUCUGGUAUCGUGAAACCCUUAAUACAGUAUAAUGUUGUUGCCAAAAACAGUGUUGACUGAAAUUAGAUGACGCUUAACUACCUAUAUUCACAUAAUUUUUACAAAUGUUUAUGAAUUUUCAGUUAAGCGGACUGUAGAACUACAUGUUUUCCCAAGUAUUAAUAUCUUGUGCAGUACCAUCUUUAUAGCAACAGGAUUUCUCGAAGCUAUCAAAAGUCCUACUAUAUCAUUGAGUGUUGUACGUAUGUGGAUUACUGUUUUGGAAUACAGUAUUUCUCCUAUAAGUUCUUUGUAGGUUUGCAUGGCGGUAACAUAUUAUAUUUUUUUGCUUGUGGAAACACCACGUAAAUUUAUUACUGCAAAGCUUUCGAUCCGUAAGCCCGGAUCUUCACUGAUGAAGAUGAUUUAGCACUGAUGAAGAUCCAGACUUACGGAUCGAAAGCUUUGCAGUAAUAAAUUUACGUGGUGUUUCCACAAACAAAAAGUAUUAUAUUAUUUUUCAUGUCUAAGAUCUGAAUUAACACAAAUUAUUCACAUAUUUUGUCAUACUUAAUAUUACAAAGACUUCAAGAUGAAUCAAUUUAUUUUCUCAAAAAUGUCUUUGUCUCAUAAGAUAUAAUGAUUAUUUUGUUGAGUGGGCUAUCACUAUAUGUUUCCUGUUAACCUUUUGCCCUGAAGUAUUAUUUUGUCAAGCUACUUGUAUAUAAGCUACUUUCGAGACAUUUUAACUUUUUUUAUGUUGGGAUUUUUAUAAUAACGUUUAUGUAUUAGAUUUCUUUCUUUGAUAGUUGAUACUUAUCAGCCAAUGUUUUAACAUGAAGACUAAUCCUUCAUAUUGGGGUUCGGUUACAAACAACUACACGACCAAUGAUCAGUUAACAAGGCAUGUCUGAUAUUACCCGUUUCCGGCUUAGUGAAAAUACUAUACCGAUUUUAAAGUACUUGCAUAAAAGACGUGUUUACAGAAGAGUAAUCCUUCUUCUUUUGAAAGUAUUAACCAUUGCGUUAUGUGGAAAUAUGAAGUAAACUCGUUUACUCUGGCUUGCAAAAAUACCUUGUAUAGCGCGUAUAGGUUGUGGAAUUAAACCUUAGCACUAUUUCCGUCUUGAUAAAGUGUGCCAUUGCAAUGAAUGAAUACAUGUAUAUAUAUUUUCUGAACAAGCUUUCGUUGAUAGGUAUGCAAGUCGUGCAACUACCUGAAAAUAUAUAAGAAGACGUUUCGACGUUUCGAGCGAAGGCCCUUCGUCUGUAACUCACGACCAAUGAAUAAAGGAAUACCGAAUGGUUUUCCGUGCAGGAUUGCGUGAUCCAUGCACGAGGGAUGUCGCGAGACUUUCGGAAAGCGUAUAAAAAUACUCGAGCCGCAGGCGAGUGUAUUUUUACGCUUUCCGAAAGUCGAGCAACAUCCCAAGUGCAUGGAUCACGCUAUCCUGCUUGCAAAACCAUUUGGUAAUUGUUUUAUAAAAUAACUACAGUGAAACAAUGACAUUUUGUGAAUCCCGCGAAAAUCCCGUAAAUUUUAAUUCCUCGUGCAGGAUAGCCUGAUCCUGCACGGCUAUUGACCAAUCAAAUUGCGUGUUUCACUGUAGUUAUUAUAUAAAGCCUGUUCAUUUUAUUGCCACUACCUACAACUGACAAAGACAGUUCAAGGAUAUAUAUUUUCUAAUUAAUUUAAUAAUAACAUAGUUUCUAAUAUAUAUAGCCUAUAUAUAUUCGAUUUAGAAGUGGACUCAUCUGGGGUCAACCUGGGGAACUUAAUGCGACUAUAUACAUUUUUUAAAAACAUAAUGUAUAUAUACAGUACAGUACAUAUAACAACACGUGACAGACCAAACGGGAUAAAAGAAAAUAGCAGCUUUUUCAAAACGUGUUGACAUAAAACGCGGAUCCGGAAUUGCGGAAAUGAAGCCUUGAAUGCGGCAGACAUGUAUGUAAUACAGUCGAACCCCUAUAAGCGGACACCUCUCUUAAGCGGACACCUCCUUUAAGCGGACACAUAUCUCAGGUCCCAUUCGGUUUCUUUAAUAAAAUACUAUUAUCAUAACCCCUAUUAAGCGGACACCCCUCUUUAACGGACGCGGACACCUUUCUGGAGGUCCCAAUGGGCAAAUCAACCUCUCUUAAGCGGACAGAUCACAGAUUGUCUGAUAAAAUGUGUUCAAUAUUCGACAGUAAAUAACAAUUGAGAUCAAUUUACAUGGCACAUUGACAGUGACACAUCAACUUGGCGCGAAGACAUCAGAGCCAAGAUUAUUGAGGAAGUGACGAACGAGGACGGAGGACUGUGAGCCGCCAGCCAUGAUGAUACUCAAAUUACACACCUUUGCCUGCUGUGUUUUUCUACUUACCCCUUUUAAGCGGACACCCCUUUUAGACGGACACUUAGGCGAGGUCCCGAAGGUGUCCGCUUAAUAGGGGUUCGACUGUAUAAAUAUAGGGAGACUUUCGACGUUUUGCAGACGAAGGGCCUUCGCUCGAAACGUCGAAAUUUUCCUUAUAUUUUUCAGGUAGUUGCAUCUCUACCAACGAAAGCUUGUUAAUAUUUUUGGCAGUAUACCUACACUGGCACCGACACUUCAAGAUUAUAUGUGUGUAAUAUAUACAGUUGCGCGUGUUUUGCUCAUGAAUUAUUAGGGACAAUUAUAAUAACAAAAACAACUUGGUGUAUUGGUUCAUGGCGACAUCAAAACAAAAAAUAUUACGUUACGAUGAAGGCGGCAUGAACAACGGUCGAGCUUCACUGGAUGCAGAUGUUUUCUGGUGUCAGGCGAGUUUUCUAGGCAUGACAGUCGAGCCUGCCUCUUCUAAAAUAAAUUAGCUAUCAAAUAAAGUGAUAAAAAUUAAAGUAGGCUAAUCAGUCUCAAUUUUAGCGACAAAACGUGCGUGUUCGACCUGCCAGACGUUUUUAAGGAAAUACGUUAUGCUCCAGUUUGUGAAAACAUUGAUAAGAACAAACUGGUAACAAAGCAUUAGAAAAGUUCAUAAAAGUAGAUUAGUCUUAUACGUAGUUCUGAUUUAAUAGGACGCCUGCUCAGGCGUAUACUCCGUGCUCGAAAAGCUGGCAUGACAACCGUCGAGUAUGAAUAAUAUCUGACCUGCUAAGAAUAACAAUUAAGGAAUAAGUAAUUGUCUCGAAUAAGUAAUUGUCUCGAAUUGUCCCUCAAGACAACGAAUGAUCUUGAUACAUGUAAUAUCUAGACGUUGAUGAUUAUUCUGCUUUCGAACUAAUAAAAUUCAUGCUACAAGUAAAGUAAAGUAUCCAAAACAUAGAAUAGCAAAAUGUCAAAACGUAUACGCGGGGUCUGCUGCAUGGGUUAGGAAGUCAAAAGCUCAACCAAAAUUUUGAAACCCCAGAAAAAAUGCAAAACCUAGACUCGCACUCUCCAAGAGCACAAUCUGGUAAUAAAAUUUGUUCUCAUAUUCUACGAAUAUACAUGUUCCCGUAAAAUGGAACAAUAAUAACUUGGCUACAAGACGAUCGAAUUUUCCAAAGCUGUGAAUUGGGUGGAUGUAAAUAAACGUCAAGCAAUUUCUAUUUUGUUUGUAGAAACAUCGCCAGUCUCCGUCGUACAAGAAGCAGAAAGCAAAUUUCAUAAAUCAAAAUAAGGUAUAAUCUUUUAUGUUUAUAUGUAUAAUCUGUAUACUUUUUCUUAUUUUUUCUUUUGCUUAUUCUUCUUUAUACAUUAUAGAAACUUUUUUAGUGUCAUUUUUACUGCAUUUUCUUCCAAUGUAUAGCAUUCGAUUGUCUGAUGCAGAAACAGUCGACUGUGCAACUGCAGCUUUAGCUGUAGCUAUGCAACUGUAACUACUAUAACCGCCAUUGAACUAUAGCUAUAACUGGACAUAUUCAACUAUAACUCAUAUAGAUUUCGUGGGGUGUUUUUUUUUCUUUUCAUUUUAGCCUCGAAAUAAUAAUUAUAUACCCCGCGGUCGUUAUCAAGGUCAACCUAACCACUAUCCAAGGUAUCAACAGCCUUGGCCUAUCAACUAUGCUUAUCAAGCUCCAAACUAUUUUCCUGCCUAUCAACAAGUAAGUUGUGAAAAAGUAUUGCUUUUACUGACAGUACGUGCAUGUACUUAACAUUUGCUAACUGCAUGAGAAAUGCGGGUAGAAUGCUGAAAGGAACUGCUCCCAUGACGCUUAUGCAUAGCAACAUUGUUGGGGAAAUAGUCGAAAAUUUUCGUUUUCCUCAUAUUUUUGGCCCGUUUGCGCAUAAUUAUUGUUUUGGAAACAUAUUGCUUUCCAAAUAUGUUUCCAUCGAAGAACAUAGUUUUGUAUUUUAGAAAUAACUUCACUAUUUUUAGGGUUAGGAAUUUACUGGGUUUUAAGAGACACUUUCCUUUGCAUGCAUUUUAAUGAGUAUAUAGUACUGCCUUUGGACAUCAUUUGUACAUAUUGAGCAGAAAAACAUUUGGUAAAACACUUUUGUUGUUGUCUUUGUCAGUUGUGUUUCCACCUCAUUCUAAUAUAUGUUGGGACUAUGAUAUGGGACUGUAUAUUAAGUGACCUAAAUGAUUCAGCUCUAAAUACUAGAUAAAAUAGGAGCAACCAAUCUUUACAAUGGCAAUGGCGAGCGUGUAAAGUAAAUACCGUGAGCCUAAUAAGAUAGAAAUCGCACAUUUUUUUAAGUAUGGCUCUUGCAUUUCACACAGGUCGUCCUUGCUCUCAUUUUGUAUUCAUAACUUUCUUAACGGAUUGUUAAUCUUUAUUGUGGUUUUCAAAGUUGCACUUCAAUACCUAGCCACGACUGCUUUUUACGCACAUCAAUUAUUCGUCAUAAUAAAGAGUGAUUUAAAAAGACUAUAUAGUCUGUUUACAAUUUCGAAAGCUUCGGAUUUAUAAGGGUGCAACUAUGAAUUUCGACGUUUUGGGAUCGACCCCCUAUAGUACCUUCCCGAUUAAGGGCCUUCGCUCGAAACGUCGAAAUUCUUGUAUUUUUCAGGUAGUUGUGUCCGAAGCUUUCUUAUUGGCACUGUCAACACCACGGUCAAACGUAAAGUGCAUGCGCGACUGUACAGAAAUGACGGGAAAAAUGUCUGCCAAAGUAAUAGGAGUAAAUACGGGAAAGGAAAAGCGUUUACUAUAAGGAAACAGCUGAAGAUAUAAAGUAUGGAAUUUCGCAGCUUUUUCCUUGUAUCAAGACGUCAGUUAUACUGAGUUUAAACACUCGUAAUUUUCUUUAAACUUUUUGCUAGAGAGCUUCCUGAAUACAAUAUUAUUUCCAGUCCGAUUUUAAUACAUGCAGUAAAUACGCGCGGACGUUUGACCGGCACUGCCUGUACUGGCACAGAUCGUCUGUUUACAACUUUUCCUAUUCUCCUUAUAUAUCUAUUAUUUUUCCCUUUUAGCCUAGUUUUACUCCGAUAAGCAGUCCUCCCGCAAUCAAUGGUAGCCACAACGGCGGUCGAAGGUCAAGUAGUGACAGUUCAACAGGCUCAACGGAGAAACUCAGUAAAACUAAUUUAUAUAUACGAGGAUUAAAAGCGUCAACGACUGAUGAAGAUUUGGUCACGUUAUGCAGAGAGUAGGUUUUGCUCAUUGAGCCCCUUGAUUAGUUCUUAUGGAUUUGCUGUAAAUUGAUGUGAAUGGAAACCAACCUAUCAUGUUACAACCGAUCUAAUGCAAAAUAAAUCGCUGUUGUUAUUGUUGUUGCUGGUGGUUAUAAUGCCGUUAUUCUUGGUCUUGUUCAGUUUGUUGUUGUUCUCACUGUUUUGGUUACUGCUGUUUUUCCUGUUGUUGUUGUUGUUGCUGUUCUUCUUGUUGUCAUUUUGUUGUUGUUGAUGUUGAUGAUGGUGAUUAUGCUGUUAGUGUUGUUGCUGUAUGCUGUUAUUGUCGUUGGGCUGUUUGUUGUUAUUGUUUUCCUUGUUCAUGUUGUGUGCGGUAUUAUUUGUGAUAGUACAUUUUGCUGAAACAUUUCCGACAAUAUUAUAAUGAUGUAUAUGCACAUGUGACCUGUUAAAUAAAUAAUGAUUCUUUUUAUUUAUAGUUAUGGAACGAUAAUAUCAACCAAAGCUAUCUUACAUAAAGACUCGAAUCUGUGUAAGUAGAGAUCAAUAUUGUAAAUAUUGUAAAAAACGAAGUCCCCACUGCAUGUUUCCAGUCUGUUGAAAAGUUAUCUGCAACCGCCUUUGACAAGUUGCUCUCGCAACUUGCUAUCGACUAACUUGAAACACCCCCUGUGGAAAUUAGCUUCGGUUGACAGGGUUAGCGUGGGUAAAUAAAGUCUUUCUAUCUAUCUAUAUUUCGUUAGGUUAUGGUUUUGUGGACUUUGAGCAUCCACAAUCUGCACAAACAGCGGUCGCUGCGCUUACGGCCAAAGGAAUUCAAGCACAGAUGGCCAAGGUACUUAAAUAUUUGAUCAUAUAUAGAUACUAGACAGACAAAUUGACAAUGACUUUAUUCUUAGUUACAGCAUAUAGAGAUUAACUCUGGACAAACCAGGAAUUUGGUUUGUUUAUAUAUAUACCCAAUUCACAACUAAAGAUAACUCACAUGCCUAGUCACUAUUGUUUUAGUUUAUCGAGACAUCAAAGGUAACUAAGCUUUAGAAUUAUUCACAUGAGCGAGUAGCUCUUAUAGAUAAUUCUAAUGGCUAGUUCUCUUUGUUCUAUUCUGGUAUGUGGGUUAUUUGAAGUUGUGAAUUGAGUAACAACGAUGUAAACAACGUUAGCCAAAGUUGUCUAUUGCUACCCGAAACAUGGUUUCCUGAAAAUGAGAAUGUAAUGUCCAGAAAAUGAUUUUUCCUCCCCUUCCCUCCCCCUGGAUUCGUAAUAAAGUUUCUGAAAAGUUCUUAGUAUUACUUUACCUGUCGAAGACUGCAGACUGGCAGUCGAAAGCUCGUGUUAAAUAAAUUUUACGAUCAGAGAACGUUUCAGAAACUUUGCAAAAUAGUUGUUAAAAAGUAGUUAAGAGUUUUAUAAAACCGGUCCCUGAUGGUUUGUGAGAGUAUAUAGCUUUUCGUUAAAGUCUACAUAACUGUUAUUCAUCAGUAUACGAAGUUGCUGUAAAUAUAAUACAAUUUGUCAUUUCAAGUUCAAAUAAUUAUUUUCUGCUUUCUUUUGUUUAGCAACAAGAACAAGACCCUACUAAUUUAUAUUUUCAAAAUCUCCCUUAUCACUUUGAUGAAACUGUAAGAGUUUAAAUUUUUACAUCUUGAACUGCAGAUUUUCAAUUUUAAAAAUUCUGUCAUGGCACAUUGUUCCACUGGCUUUUACUGUAGAAAAUUUCAAUACAACUGGAUAUUAAUUCAACAACAUGCCAUUUUUUAGAUACUCGAGAAAAUGCUUAUAUCCUACGGAACAGUUAUAUCGACUAGAAUACUAAGAGAUACGAAUUCUUAUAGCAAAGGAGUUGGUUUUGCAAGGUAUAGUAAACUUGAUAGAACAUUAUAUGAAAUUUGCAUCAAAUCGUAAAGCAAUAGCGGUUUGGACAUUAAUUUGUUUUCCACCAUUUCGAAAUCUAUGCAUCGUAAGCCUUAUUACAUGCAGUUUGUUGUUGCUGUUGCUGUUGCUGUUGCUGUUGCUGUUGUUGCUGCUGCUGCUGCCGUUGUUGCCGUUGUUGCCGUUGCUGCCGUUGUUGUUGUUGCUGCUGUUGCUGUUGUUGUUGUUGUUGUUGUUGUUGCCGUUGCAGCCGUUGCUGCCGUUGUUGCCGUUGUUGUUUUGUUGCUGUUGUUGUUGUUGUUGUUGUUGUUGUUGUUGUUGUUGUUGUUGUUGUUGUUGUUGUUGUUGUUGUUGUUGUUGUUGUUGUUGUUGUUGUUGUUGUUGUUGUUGUUGUUGUUGUUGUUGUUGUUGUUGUUGUUGUUAUGGUGUUGUUAUGGUGUUGUUGUUGUUGUUGUUGUUGUUGCUGUUGCUGUUGUUGCUGCUGUUGUUGUUGUUGCUGCUGCUGCUGUUGUUGUUGCUGCUGCUGCUGUUGUUGUUGUUGCUGCUGCUGUUGUUGUUGUUGCUGUUGUUGUUGUUGCUGUUGCUUCUGCUGUGGUUGUUGUCGUUGUUGAUGUUGCUGUCAUACCUGUAGAUUUUAUUUUUGUGGAG